GGGCGGGCGGAAGGGCGGGGGAGCGGCGGCGGGAGGAGGAGGAGGAGGGAAGAGGCAGCAGCAGCAGCAGCAGCAUGGCGGCCGGGCGCGAGCGGCUGAGCGCGCCGCCGCCUCCUCCGCCUCCUCCUGCCGCCGCUCCCGAGCCGGAGCCUGCGGGCCCGCUGCCCAAAUAGCCGCCCCUGCCUGGUCCUGCCCCGCCCGGAGAGCGCCCGGCCAUGGAGCUCGCCAAGCCGGCCUUCCCCGCGCUGCCGCAGGCCAAAGAGGACUCUGAGGAUUGGACCUACCCCAUGAGGAGAGAGAUGCAGGAAAUUCUACCUGGGUUAUUUUUAGGCCCAUAUUCUUCAGCUAUGAAAAGCAAGCUACCUAUACUUCAGAAACAUGGCAUAACCCAUGUAAUAUGCAUACGGCAAAACAUUGAAGCAAAUUUUAUCAAACCAAACUUCCAACAGUUAUUUAGGUAUUUAGUCUUGGAUAUUGCAGAUAAUCCAGUUGAGAAUAUAAUACGAUUUUUCCCUAUGACUAAAGAAUUUAUUGAUGGAAGUUUACAAAGUGGAGGAAAAGUUCUUGUCCAUGGAAAUGCAGGGAUUUCUAGAAGUGCUGCCUUAGUUAUCGCGUACAUAAUGGAAACGUUUGGGGUGAAGUACAGGGAUGCGUUUACUUAUGUUCAAGAAAGAAGAUUCUGUAUUAAUCCUAAUGCUGGAUUUGUCCAUCAACUUCAGGAAUAUGAAGCCAUCUAUCUAGCAAAAUUAACCAUCCAGAUGAUGUCACCACUGCAGCUGGAGAGAUCCCUCUCAGUCCCACCUGGCUCUACAGGGAGUUUAAAGCGAAUGCACGAAGAGGAUGAAGAACUCGGAACCAUGCAAGUGGCAGCAGCACAGAACGGAUGAUAUUGGAGGCCAAGCGCUGUUUGUACUGUGAAUUCCUGCCAAGAAAGGUGAAGAAAACUGGGGAAAAAAAGAACUAAUAAUGCAAAGCGAUGAACACACACACACACACACAUAGCUUCUUUUCAAUUACAAGUUGCUUUCAGAUGUAAAUCUGCCUCUGCAACACACUAAGCAUCAUUUUUAAGAUGUUGGACUUCUUGAAUGAAUAGAUGGCACUGAUUGUUUUAUUCCUUUUUUACACUUUACAGUUUUAUUCUAAACCAAGAUUUUUUGGACUUGCAAAGAGGUAUUAUUGCAAUAAUGCACUUUUCAUACUUGAAAUUUGUUUAUUUGUAUGAUAUAAAGUUAUUACUUUAAACAAAAUGCAAGCGGGGGGGAUUUGUUUAUAAAGUUAUUUGUGUAAUUUAUAACAAGAGACUUUAGUAAAGAAAAAGUUUGCUAAAACUCA